AUGCCGAAAAGAGACGUCAUCCUCACAAAUGUCACCGUGGUCCAGCUGCGGCGACAAGGUGGCAGAUCACAGCACACUGAAUCAGAAACCCAUGCAGCAACAGUCUCAGGCAAGACUGGACAAGCAGUUGGAUCCCGUGGCCAAAGCUCUCCACGAGCAAUACGUGGAAGUUCCGGGCUAACAGUGGGCAUCAAUGGAUUUGGACGGAUUGGGCGGCUGGUGUUGCGAGCCUGCGUAGAGAAAGGAAUAAAAGUUGUCGCAGUAAACGAUCCAUUCAUUGAUGUCAACUACAUGGAAUACAUGUUCAAGUAUGACUCUACUCAUGGUCCAUUCAUCGGUACUGUUGAAGUCAAGGAUGGAAAGUUGCUAGUGAACAAACAAGAGAUCAAUGUCUUCCAGAGUAUGCAAGCCGAAGAAAUCCCCUGGAAGACUGUUGGGGCCCUAUACGUGGUAGAAUCCACUGGAUUGAACCUCACAACAGAAAAAGCCUCGGACCAUAUCAAGGCUGGAGCUCGUCGAGUGGUGAUCUCUGCUCCCUCCCCUGAUGCUCCCAUAUUUGUCAUGGGUGUUAAUGAGAGUACCUAUAACCCCAACAACAUGACUGUUGUAAGCAAUGCCUCCUGUACCACCAAUUGCCUGGCCCCCCUAGUCAAGAUCAUCCAUGAUAAUUUUGGGGUAGUCGAGGGACUUAUGACCACAGUCCAUUCUUACACCGCAACACAGAAGACUGUGGAUGGACCCUCAGUCAAGUCAUGGAGGGAUGGUAGAGGUGCCCACCAGAACAUCAUCCCAGCCAGCACUGGUGCUGCCAAGGCUGUAGGGAAAGUCCUCCCUGAACUUGAUGGGAAAUUGACAGGGAUGGCAUUCAGGGUUCCAGUGCCAGACGUCUCCGUAGUGGACCUCACUUGCCGGCUAAACCGCCCAGCCAAUUACGAUGCCAUUAAAGAGGCUGUGAAAAAAGCCUCGAGGGGACAGAUGGCUGGUAUCCUCAGCUACACAGAGGAUGAGGUGGUCUCUUCUGACAUCAUCGGAAACCCUCAUUCAUGUAUAUUUGAUGCCAAGGCCGGAAUAUCUCUCAAUGACAACUUUGUGAAACUUAUAGCCUGGUAUGACAACGAAUAUGGCUACAGCCAUCGGGUGGCCGAUCUCUUGACUCAUAUGCACAGCAAAGAGAAGUGAGGGGGAGGGGAACCCCGCUUCUGAGUCUACCCCCGCAGGGCACAGCGUACUCCUUCCCCUCAACCGCCCGGACCUCGAUCUGGUCUGGUCCGCCGGCGUCGCCCCCUCCCCUCCAGCCCAGUGCGAGCAUCUCCAUCAGCUGUCCCUAUCCUGCCAACACUCACCCCAACCUCUGCGCUUAGGGGGCGGGAGUCACCGCGUAUGCGUGUGUGUGGUGUGUGUGUAUCUAUUCGUCAGUACUACUCCCUCCCCCUCCAGCACUGCUCCUCCCCGCUCCUUCCCCCAGGGGCGACUUCACAUGAGGGUACCCGAGGGAUAGUGUCAACAUGUCCAAUAAACAUCUCAGCACCCGCUAGGAAGCUAGCUCUGACGGCUCUGUGUGCCACAGUGUGUGUACUCGGCCUCCGGCCACGGUUACCCGAGCGUCUUUCCCGUCUGUGUGUGCUGAUCUCUGUCUCCCCUGUCUCUGCAUGUGUCUGUGUUUUUGCCUGGCUAUACCCAUGUCUAUACACAUGCCCAGGCCUGUGUGUCUUGCUCCACUCUUCUGUGUGAAGUCUGUGUCUGUGUCUGGGAUGCCUGUCUGCUCAUCUAUCUGUGUCUUCCUUGUUUCUUUGUGGGUCUCUUUGGCCUGUCUAUACAUGUGCCUGUGUGUGUGUGUCUGGGUGUCUGUGUUUCUGUGUCUCUGAGACUUACCUGCCUGUGUGUUAGCUGGCCAUAUAAGCAUCAACGUCUACCCUUUUCUCUCAGUAUCUGUGUAUCCUAUGUGUGUCGUCUCAGUCUCUGUGCAUUAGCAGCCUGUUCGUGUGUCUGUGCAUCUCGCCCGUCUGGGCACCGGUGUUACCCGUCUAUACUGCCUUCCCUUCUCAGUGCCUGGGCGUCCUGCCCCUCUCAGUCCUGCCUCAGGUCUGUCUGUGCACAUGUC